AUCAUACAAAUUUACGAAUAUUUAGUCCAUUUCUUUAGUGCGCCUUCAGAAUGUUCCGCCCAAACCAACAUCAACUCGAUGUUUACAGAGAAAUCUUUGAAAGUCAUGAUACAAACAAUGACGGUCAUCUGGAUAUAAGAGAGUUGAAACAAAUACUGAGAAGGAACAAUAAGGAAAUCCCCAGUUAUGCGGUGGACAAGAUUAUGCGUCUUGGCGACAAGGAUGGUAACGGUAAACUCAGCCUGGAUGAGUUCAUCGAUAUCGUCGAGCAUCCUGAGCUUAAAGACCUAUUCAAAUUCGGAGUGGACAGAUACAUAAAAUACUUGUUGCCACCCAAAGAUUUACAGGCGAAGCCAUUCAGGCGAGAUGAUUAUGAAUUCGGCACACCCAUGAUAACAAGAGGAGGCACAACAUAUGAAGAAGUGGAUGGUUCAAGUUACGACGACCAGUACUCUUGCUGUCCACCCCCUAUAGGGAUGUUCGUGAUGACCAUAACGGAAAUAAUCCUGUUUAUGGUGGACGCAAUCCGAGAUCCGGGUUCGGAGAAGACCGGCAGAGGUGAAAUAGGCCAGGCCCUCUACUUCAAUCCCUAUCAUCGGGAGCAGGCAUGGCGGUUUCUCACCUACAUGUUCGUCCACAUUGGCUACAUGCAUCUGACCAUCAACUGCAUCGUCCAGUUUAUGUUGGCCUUACCGCUGGAGCUGGUGCACGGCAGUUGGAGGGUCCUGACGAUCUAUUUCUCGGGCGUGAUAGGCGGCAGCCUGUUCACCGCCGUUGUGGACCCCACCGUCAGGCUGGCGGGGGCCAGUGGCGGUGUCUAUUCCAUCAUUACGGCUCACAUCGCCUCCAUAGUUAUGAAUUGGAGUGAAAUGACAUUGCCGUUCGUGCAACUGUUCGUCUUCGUUGUAAUCGUUGGUGUGGACUUUGGAACUUCGAUCUGGAAUAGAUAUACACAGUCUGAAGACUCUGAAAGAAUCGGUUACGAGGCCCAUCUUGCAGGUGCCAUAUAUGGGGUGUUCGUUGGAAUUAUUUUCCUCAGGAAUCUGAUUGUUAAACGUUACGAAAGAUACAUUUGGUGGAGCUCUGUAGCUUUUGUGUCACUGACGUUGGUCAUUAUGAUCAUUAUAAAUUUAAUGUACAUAUUUGAGACUAAUUAAUUAUGUAAUAUUUUGUACUUUUUUAUUUGAGUAUUAUUUUUUGUGUACAGUUUGUGGUAACAGAUAAUAAUAAAAACAAACAAAAAUA